CUCAGUCGCACUUUAGCAAACGACGCCAACAGAAGCUCGUGAGCAGCGAAGUCGUGAAUAUGGGAGCUAAGGACGGCCUCUUAUCGCUGGGCUGGCUGCUGAUAGCCCUGCUAAAUGCGCAGCUAUUGCAGGCCUAUGCGGGCCAUCGAUUUCAUGAAAAUGCAUACAGCGGUGAGCGUUGGAGCUAUACUCAGCCACAGAGGCCACUUGAAUAUCAGCAUCAUGCCUCGCAUCACAGACACGGACAUCAUCCCAAUCUUCAUUACAAUCCAACUGAUGCGCAAAUCGGUCACGCUCCCAGCUUUGGUGGAGGUCAAUACAGCGGUGGACAGGCCAGAGAUGUAUAUGCUGGACAAGCAGGUGCUGGGCACUCGAGAGAUGGCGUAGCUAACCAAGCGCAGCCAGUCGCUGGAUACGGCUGUGUGUGUGGUCAGCUACCGGAAACAGCAAACGGUCAAGGACAAGCUGGUUUCGGUAAUCCAGUCUGGUCACGUUACCCAGAAACCGCACCUGCCAGACCUUUUGAACAGCGUCCAUUGCCAAAUCCACUUGAUUAUGAAAACGAGCAAAGGAAUCCCACCGAACCGAAUUCCCAACCAUCGGAUCCUAACUACCUACAACCUGGUUUUACUGGAAGUCCUCUGCAGCCACGCCCCAAACCAAGUGGCCAAGAUCUACCAGAGCCAAACUACCUACAACCUGGUUUUACUGGAAAUCCUCUUCAGCCACACCCCCAACCAGGUGGCCUUGAUCCGUCGCAUACUGAUUACCUACAACCUGGUUUUACUGGAAAUCCUCUGCAGCCACGCCCCCAACCGGGAGGCCAAUCUCCAUCGGAGCAUAGCUACAUACAACCUGGCUUUACUGGAAGGCCCUUACAGCCACGCCCUGAAGGACAAGCCAAUGAUGAAUUUGAGUUUCAAACAUCUGGCACCGUAAUUCCGCAACGUAGCAAUACAGCCAAUCUCUUGCAGCCUCGUCCAGAAGUAGCAGCAAAUGGUGAAGAGUUCAAUCCCAGUUAUCAAAACGUUCCCGAACCAAAAUCUGAUCAACGUAAUACAGUGGAUGAUAAUAUUGCUUCAAUUUUCAAAACAGACUUCACGUUUCGCAACCAGAAUGAAGGCAAUGAAGCUCAAGGAUCUAAAGAUCCCAAAAGCAAAGCCGUAAUUACUCAACCGGAAUCGAUUGGGGAACGCAACCUAUUUGACACGAAUCCCGUAUGCCCCGAAGGAACCGAACUACGGAGCGGACGCUGUCGCCAGAAGGCUUGAAGCAUAGCCUAGUUAGCCAAACAAACUAAGACUUUUUUUCUGAUUGGAUAUAAAUAUGUAUGUAUUUUAACGUUUCCAUGAAACCCAACCCACAUUGGUUAUAGUUAAUGUAUUUGAUAUCAGAUAUAAUUUGAAUAAAUGAUCAUUCAAAGAAUCAAAUUUACCAAAA